CAGAGCUGAGUCGCAGUCGCCGGAAGAGCUGCCGCGUGAUCGCCCAGAGCCCGGUGUCCUGGCCGGUGAAGGAGGAUCCGGGCGCUAUGGCAGCGGAGGGCCCGGCCACGCGUCCGGUCCAGGUGGCAGAACAUCCCAGGUUGCUGAAGCUAAAGGAAAUGUUUAAGUCUAAGUUUGGAUCCAUCCCCAAGUUUUAUGUUCGAGCACCAGGAAGAGUCAACAUCAUAGAAUUUUUUGACUUACCAAAAAUUCACGAAAACAAUACAAAGAAUUCGCACAUGUCCAUGGACGAAUCCUCUAUGCUCUAUAUCAAAGAAGUGUUUGAUGUCCCUUUGCUGCUGGAGGUGGCCAUUGUUUUGGGGAGACUGAGGGACUUCAGCACUAGUGCUAAUACCAUUCAGAUUGACCAAAGCAAGCCUCGGUGGCACAACUAUUUCCUGUGUGGAUUUAAAGGCAUCCAGGAACACUUUGGGCUUCGUGACCUGACUGGGAUGAACUGCCUGGUAGAUGGGAAUAUCCCGCCAAGCUCCGGCCUGUCCAGCUCCAGUGCUCUGGUCUGCUGUGCUGGCCUUGUGACGCUCACAGUCCUGGGGAUGCAGCUGUCCAAGGUGGAGCUUGCGGAAAUCUGUGCCAAGAGUGAGCGUUACAUUGGUACUGAAGGAGGAGGGAUGGACCAGUCCAUCUCAUUUCUUGCGGAAGAAGGAACCGCCAAGCUGAUAGAGUUUAGCCCUCUGAGGGCAACCGAUGUGAAGCUCCCGAGUGGAGCAGCGUUUGUGAUCGCCAAUAGCUGUGUGGAAAUGAACAAGGCCGCAACAUCCCACUUCAACAUCAGAGUAAUGGAGUGCCGGCUGGCCGCCAAGCUCCUGGCCAGGCACAAAGGCUUGCAGUGGGAUCAAGUCCUGCGGCUGGAGGAGGUGCAGGCCCAGCUGGGAAUCAGCCUGGAUGAGAUGCUCUUGGUCGCGGAGGACAUCCUUCACCCUGAGCCCUACAGCCCCGAGGAGGUCUGCAGGUGCCUGGGAAUUAGCCAGGAGGAGUUGCGGACCCGGAUCCUAAGUCCCAACACCCAGGAUGUGUCUGCCUUCAAGCUCUACCAGCGGGCCAAGCACGUGUACAGCGAGGCAGCCCGGGUGCUGCAGUUCAAGAAGAUCUGUGAGGAUGGCCCUGAGGACGCGGUGGCGCUGCUGGGGGAGCUGAUGAACCAGAGCCACCGCAGCUGCCGGGACCUGUACGAGUGCAGCUGCCCCGAGCUGGACCAGCUGGUGGACACCUGCCGGAGGGCCGGAGCACAGGGCUCGCGGCUCACCGGCGCAGGAUGGGGCGGCUGCACGGUGUCCCUGGUGCCAGUGGACGCGCUGCCCGGUUUCCUGGCCCGGGUGCAUGAAGCCUACUACCAGGGGAGCGGGCGCGGCAUGGCCCCCGGGCAGCACAGCCUGUUUGCGACCAAGCCUGGAGGCGGGGCUCUGGUUUUCCUGGAGGCCUGAACAAUGUCAAAAGUCUCUGAGAAACUAUUUAGGGCAUUCAGGAACUGGCAGGCCUUUCCACGCCGCAGCAAAUUAACCUUGUCUCCGCUUUGUAUUAGGUCGAAGGGCUGUUAUUAACAAGAUGCAUGUCCAAAGUCGGCUGAAAGCCCCCUAUGCUUUAUAAUGAUUAUUUUUUCCAUCUUAAAAUAUUUUUUCUUUUAUUUUUUACCAAUAUGAGCCAAAGUUAAGCUUGGACAGAUGAUUUACUAAGACUUAUUAGUCUGGGAUUUUAAGAUGAAUGGUAAAGCACACUAAUACACAGACUGGACUUGAAUUAAACACACUGCUGCAAUUAAAAGGCUA